GAGAAAGAUAAGAAGCAUUUUAAGAGGGAAAACCUGCCAUGCUGUCGCAGAACUGACAAGAUAAACUCGCAGGAACUGGACUGAAGAGGCUUCACCCAGGAAGAUGAUUGCUGCUUGCUGGAAGAACCCCAGGGACCUUUAGAAAACAGAAUAGCUUUCUCUGAAGACAGACCUUAUCCUUGAACGUUUCAUCUGAACUCUUGCGGAGAAGGACGGAAGAAUGCAGGGCUGCGAGGUCGACUCAAAGAUGCGCUACUGGCUGACGCUGAUCUCAGGGAUGCUGGAGUGUUUGUGCUUUGCUGGUGUGGUGUUUGGUUACACCUCUCUGGUGUUUGUGCUGAAGGAAGACCAGUACUUCAGUGAGUUGUGCAGCAACAACACAGCAGGCGACAGCUCUCUGGUGGAGACAGACUGCAGAGGUCAGGAUGAACAGUUUUCUCUGGUUUUCACUAUCGCCUCGUUCCUGAACAACUUCCUGAGUCUGAUCAACGGCUACCUGUUUGAUCGAUUUGGCACCAUGGUAACAAGACUGCUGGCAGUAUCUUUGUACACAACUGGAACCCUUUUUGUGGCCUUUUCCAGUGCAGCAUAUUCCUUGAUGCUCUUCCCUGCCUUAUCCUGCAUCGCUGUGGGAGGAAUUCUGCUCCUUAUGACGAACAUUCAGGUGGGGAACCUGUUUGCUGCUCAUCGCUCCACCAUCAUCACUUUUUACAAUGGAGCCUUUGACUCUUCUUCAGGGGUCUUCCUCAUCAUCAAGAUUCUACACGAGCGAGGAAUCUCUCUCCAGUCCUCCUUCAUUGCCUUGUCCCUUUGCAGCAUCAUCCUCGUGGCGAGGACGUUCCUCCUCAUGCCCAGGACCCACAUCCCGUACCCACUCCCUCCACGCUACACAUACGGGGUGACCUGUGGACAGGCCAACAGCUACAACGUGGAGCAGGUCAAGAGGUCGAAGGAGGAUGCAUCCAAUCAGGAUUCCAGUGGGAAAGAUGAAACAGCAAAGUCGGACGAAACAGACGUCGAAAACACAGAGAAAGUGGCGAGCUUCCGGAGCUGUGCUUUGUCCUGGUUCUUCCUCUGGCAUCUGGUGUGGCUGUCCAUACUGCAGCUGAGACACUACCUCUUCAUCGGCACGCUCAACUCCAGGCUCAGCCGGCUGGCCAGAAACGACCCCACCCUGGUGAGCCAGUAUACCAAUGCUUUUGCAAUGACCCAGCUAUGCGGAGUGCUCUGUGCCCCGUGGAACGGACUCAUCUUGGACAGACACAAGGGAAAGCCUCGGGCCCCUGGAGAAACUGAACAGGAUGCUGACCUGCGCUCCUCCUACCUGUCUCUGUUCCUGACUUCACUGCAGUGCCUGCUCUUCUCUGUUUGCGCCUCCAUUCCUGUCCUCCCACUGCAGUACGUCACCUUCAUCCUGCAGGUCCUCAAUAGAUCCUUUCUCUACGGCGGAAACGCAGCCUUCAUUAGCAUCGCAUUUCCAGCCCGUCACUUUGGGAAGCUGUAUGGCCUGGUGAUGUCGCUCUCUGCUGUCAUUUCUCUGCUGCAGUACCCCUGCUUUUCCCUUGUUAGAGGACCUCUGGAUGGAGAUCCGUUUUAUGUGGAUAUUACUCUCACUCUCCUCUCUGUGCUGGUGUUCAUCCAUCCCGUCUACGUCUUCAUCCACUGCAGGAGAAAAGCCCGGAGCAGGAAGAACAUCCCUCCAGCCGAUAUUGAUAUUGGUCCCAGUUUGGCUCAAGCUAAACUGUAGAUGAUGGAUGAUUUUGUGUGACAAGUUUGAUAUUUCAAGGUUUCCUCAAUUCCACCUCACUGUUUUAACUGGAAAAUAGAAACAAGAAUAUUUUAUAUAAUUUUUAUAAACAUUUUUUUUUUUUUAUGUUUUACAGGAACAAAUGUGUUUUUAUUACUCGUAAGUUUGAAAUUUUUUUUUCUUUUUAGUGAACUUGUAAACCCUCUCAAUUCCAGUUUUGGAGAACUAAGUCUGAAAAUGCCAUGAAAUUUCCCAGACUAAAAGACAGAAACUUCUGACUACAACAAGGUUCUUGCUGUUGUAUUCAUGUAUAUAAAAAAAAUUGUUGCAUAUAUUCGUUUUAGGAACAUUGUCUUGCUGGAAGACCAAACUAUACCAAACGUUAAAUUACCUGUUGAUUUUAGAGAUAUUGAAAAAUGUGGAGGUCGUCCGUAUUUUGCCACUUUUUGGCAGUGAAACAAUCCCAUAGCAUGAGGCAGCCACUGUCAUGCUUGACAGUUGAUAUAAUACUCUGUGGUUUGAGUUUUUUACCUUGACUUCAGGAAAUACUUUGCUAAAAAUAAAAGUUUAAAUAAAUCA